CCUAGUCCACAUGCAUAGUUAUUACUGUUGUCUUGUAUGUCUAGUCGAUAUCAGAAUACGCCACUAGACUUACAGUUGGUGUCAAAUUAUACUUUUAGUUUUCAAAUUAAAAUCAACAUGACAGAAAGUAUAAAAAAAGACUAUUUAGUGGAAAAGUACCAUAAAAAAGGAUUACGAAGGUAAUACCGUAUUUGAUAAUAGAAGGCUAAAUAUAAAAAGGCUCUAUUAUAAAUGACCAAUUAUAGUAUGUAAUUAUAAAAUCUACCAACUUAACUCCAUGUUCUAUUCUACGUUUUCUACUUUGCUCAUAAAUUUUGACUCUUUGAGUCUAUUGAUCAUAUCCAAAGCUAUCUCCCCGAUAGUCAUUUCCUAGAUCAGCUGCAAACCCUUUCAUGGGGAUAAGACCGGAGAACUCCGUCGCCGGUGCUCGGAAGCGGGAAGGCGUCUCACAGCGCAAAAGGGGGCAAAAAGUAAGACAAAAAGAGGAACUAUACCGAUUAAUAUGCUUCAAAGUGAGAUUUUUUAUCCCUAAAAAUUGCACAUUGUGUUCAUUGAACUUUGGUUCUUCAGAUCUGAUCUCAUCUUGCAUUUGAGUCAAAAGGCAUUUGGACUUUCAAUAAAGUUAUCAUUGAACUUUGGCUCCUGAAUAGUAUUAGAUGCAGAUGAGGUAGUUGCCUUUGUUUUCAUGGUAUCUCACAAGUCAAUACUAUCUGCCCAAUAAAGCUAUUUUAUUUAUUCUUUUCACUUCACUGAUUUAGAAUAUUUUGCUCAAAUUUUUUGUUUUCAUUGUAUUUUUAUCAAUUUUAAUUUGAAGUUUAUAAGUUUUUCCGUCUGAUCAGUUCAACUUAUCUGCAGGUUAGUAAUUUUCUUAUGUAGUGUGAAACGUGUUGGGGAAAUAGAAGAUAACUCGGAUUUGUUUGAGAGUCGUGCUAACACUUUCAGAUUGAUAGCACUUUCAGAUUGACUGUUUGGGUGUUCGCUCCAAAAUCAAUCGGAUAAAACUCAAACUUUGUUGAUCAAGAACAAAUAUGUGUUACGAUGGAUUUUUCCAAACUCACCCUGUUUUCGAACAUGGUUAUGACGGAUUUCUUAUAGAAGCUGAGAAGGAGAAGAGAUGUGGUCGCGUCUCUUUUCUUAACAUUUGCGUCUAGUCGCGCGAAACCAGAAGAGGCGCAAUUUUUCGGAAAAACUUUAUACAAAAAUUCCGAAAAUUAAAAGUUCAAGUGAAUUUUUAACACAGCACUUUGUCCAAAAUAAAAAAAGUUUUUGUGUUAUGUGAUAUGCAGUUAUUUUGUUCUCAGGUUAGUAAUCUCUUCUUUUUACAAAGUUUUUGUGCACGUUAGUAAUCUCUUCUUUUUACAAAGUUUGAGUAUCUGCAGGUUAGUAAUCUCUUUUUUUUUUUACAAAGUUUUUGUGUUAUGUGAUAUGCAGUUAUUUUGUUCUCGUCUUUCAUAUGCAUGUAAUUAGGUAUAGGUUUUAAGGAUCAUGGAUCAUCGGUCGAGCACGCUGCCUAGAUUCGAGCUGGGGAACGAGAUCAUUUUUACCACAUUAAAACAACCACUGGAUAAUGCAGAGAAUGCCCCUUCUACGCCAGAAUCUGAUCCUGUGAUCGAGUACCUUAACCAAAUACUGCUUGAGGAUGAUGAUAAUGAUCAGAGCAUAUCCUAUGAUCCCAUUGCGCUUCGAGCUGCUGAGAAAUCCUUUUAUGAAGCCCUACAUAUGAACCCAUCACCGCCUUAUCAACAACCUGUUUUUGUCAACAAUAUUUCUGGGGCCUCCAGUGAUCAUAGGACAAGUGAGAGCACCAUUAGUAUAUGCUAUGAGUCUAUGACGCUGUUCCACAGUGUAUUGUUGACCCUGGAGGAUCAAAAAAGUAUCUGGCCAGUGUUCCUCCUGACUUUUCUUUCCAGUCAUUGACUGCGUCGGAUUGUUCAAACGGAUCUUUACGUUGCUUUGACAGUAUUGAGAAUUCUGAAUCAAAUUCUUUCCAAUUUGCCAAUUCGGUUCCAAAUAUAUUAUGUGAUGCUAAUGACUUUGCCUUGCUAUUCAAUAGAGGUAAGGAAGAAGGCACAAGGUUCUUUCCGGCUUGUAGUCAGUUGGCUCUUGAAACAGGUAAGGCUAAAGGAAAGAAGCAUCACCACCAAGAUGAUGAUGGCAGGCCUCUUCCCUUAAACCCACAGCUCUUGAAGGAGUUGAUAGGCAUGAAUGCAGGGUAUCGCAGAGAGUUCCUGCUUGAUGAAGAUGGUCCUUGGAUACUGCAUGGGUGGAAAGGUCGGUUUCUUUGUGCUAACGCUUGUUGGGUGCCUACCUGCUCCCCAAACUAACAAGCUUUGAUAGAUAGAUAGAUAGAUAUAUUGCACUGUAAGAUUGCAGCACAAGUUCUUUUCAAGAUUCUUAAUGACAUUGUAUAGGGGAUUGGUCCCGAUACGUUGUUUACGGUUUUGGGGGUCGAAUACAAAAAUGGGUAUUAU